AUGGAAGAAGAGGCGGGCACGUUGUCUGCUUGUGGUGAGUUACGCAGCCCGUUCAUGCCGCGCAUGCCACGCUGCGAAUUCACCUUGGCACUUCCGCAUCCGCGCGGUGUCGGCGCAGUUUGUACAGCUCUGGUAGCGACCCCUCAAACUCACCUCCGUCGACUUCUUUCCUACUUACAAGCCAUGGGCGACGUGGAGGUGGCCGCUUUGGUGGUGGACAACGGCAGCGGCAUGUGCAAGGCUGGGUUUGCCGGGGACGAUGCUCCUCGUGCCGUCUUCCCGUCCAUCGUCGGCCGCCCCAAGAUGCCGGGCAUCAUGGAUUCCUACAUCGGUGACGAGGCCCAGUCCAAGCGGGGUGUCCUUACCCUGAAGUACCCCAUCGAGCACGGCAUCGUCACCAACUGGGAUGACAUGGAGAAGAUCUGGCACCACACCUUCUACAACGAGUUGCGGGUCGCCCCGGAGGAGCACCCAGUGCUGCUGACGGAGGCCCCGCUGAACCCGAAGGCCAACCGCGAGCGCAUGACGCAGGUCAUGUUCGAGACCUUCAACGUUCCUGCCAUGUACGUUGCCAUCCAGGCGGUGCUUUCCCUGUACUCCUCCGGCCGCACCACGGGCAUCGUCAUGGACAGCGGCGACGGGGUGUCGCACACGGUGCCGAUCUACGAGGGCUACUCGCUGCCCCAUGCCAUCCUCCGACUGGACCUGGCUGGCCGUGACCUCACGGAGUACAUGAUGAAGAUCCUGACUGAGCGUGGCUACGCCUUCACCACCACGGCGGAAAGAGAGAUUGUGAAAGACGUCAAGGAGAAGCUGUGCUACAUCGCGUUGGACUUCGACAGCGAGAUGAAGGCGUCCAGUGAGAGCAGCGACAAGGAGAAGACGUACGAGCUGCCUGAUGGCAACAUCAUCACCGUGGGCUCCGAGCGUUUCCGCUGCCCUGAGGUCCUGUUCCAGCCCAGCUUCGUGGGCAAGGAGGCCAGCGGCAUCCACGACACGACCUUCCAGUCCAUCAUGAAGUGCGACGUGGACAUCCGCAAGGACCUCUACUCCAACAUCGUGCUGUCUGGCGGUACUUCGAUGUUCCAGGGUGUCGGCGAGAGAAUGACCAAGGAGCUGACGGCUUUGGCGCCCUCCACCAUGAAGAUCAAGGUGGUGGCCCCCCCGGAGCGCAAGUACAGCGUGUGGAUUGGAGGCUCCAUCCUGUCCUCCCUGAGCACCUUCCAGCAGAUGUGGAUCUCCAAGGGCGAGUACGACGAGAGCGGCCCGACCAUCGUGCACCGCAAGUGCUUCUGA